ACAGUCCCAUCCCCUUGUGGGGGGUGGAAGCCCUGGCUCUGACUGGGGCCCUGAGCCCACAGCAGGGUGUUGGGGUGAGUCUUGCCGGGAGGGCAAAGUGGGGCCUGGUUCUCUGGGGCAGGGGGUGUGAUGCAGGUGGCUCCCCCAGAGGGGUUAUCUGGAGAACAGACUUUCUGUGUGUGCCUGCACCCAAAUGGCAAAGAGUUUGCGUUGGGGCCCCCCCGACUUCUCCGUCCUCUGCUGCUCGGGGGCCCCCACUCACAGACAGGGACUUCUACUGAAACAGCAAAUAAUUUGGUCCCAUUUCCCUUUGAUGAUGAUAGCAGGGGCUGGUCAGUUAUACUAGAGUCUGGGGGUUGCUCCGGCUCUAACAAUUAGCUGUGUGUAUCUGUUGCAAGUGUUGGCAUGAACAGAAUUCGGAUCCACGUCUUGCCAUCAAGUCGGGGGCGUCUUACCCCUGUGCCAAGGCCCCAGGAGCCCUUGUCGUGUGCUUUCAGUCACCGCCAGUGUUCCCAGCCUCGGCUAGAAGGGCAAGAGUUCUGCAUUAAGCAUAUCCUUGAAGACAGGAAUGCUCCCUUCAAACAAUGCAGCUACAUCUCCACUAAGAAUGGGAAGAGGUGUCCAAAUGCUGCUCCCAAAGCUGAGAAGAAGGAUGGUGUGUCGUUCUGUGCUGAGCAUGCCCGCAGAAAUGCUCUGGCACAUCAAGCCCAGAUGAAGAAAUCCAACCCCGGACCCAUGGGUGAGACUCUUCUUUGCCAGCUGAGCUCUUACGCGAAGAUGGAGCUGGGCUCCCAGACUGCAGAGAGCAGCCGCAGUGAAGCUAGUAGAAUUCUAGACGAGGACAGCUGGAGCGAUGGAGAACAAGAACCUGUGACAGUGGAUCAGACGUGGCGAGGGGACCCGGAUAGUGAAGCUGAAAGCAUCGACAGCGAUCAGGAGGACCCUCUGAAACAUGCUGGCGUGUACACAGCUGAGGAGGUGGCGUUGAUCAUGCGUGAGAAGCUGAUCCGUUUGCAGUCAUUGUACAUAGACCAGUUCAAACGACUCCAGCACCUCCUGAAAGAGAAGAAGCGUCGAUACUUGCACAGCCGAAAGGGGGAGCAUGAAGCCGUAGGCAACAGCCUUCUGACAGGCCCUGAGGGGCUUCUGGCCAAGGAGCGCGAGAGCCUGAAGCAACUGAAGUGUCUCCGACGCUAUCGGCAGCGCUAUGGCGUGGAGGCCCUGCUGCAUCGCCAGCUGAAGGAGCGUCGGAUGUUGGCGACUGAGGGUGCGGCCCAGCAGGCGCACACCACUCGUUCCAGCCAGCGGUGCUUGGCCUUCGUCGAUGACGUUCGAUGUUCCAAUCAGUCUCUCCCGAUGACCAGACACUGCCUCGCUCAUAUUUGUCAGGACACCAGUCAGACGUUGUUUAAGCUGUGCCAAGGGUCGGAGGAAGCGCCCUGUGACAAGCCGGUUCCUGUAAGCCUCUCUGAGAGUCCCUGCUGCCCGCUUCAUCUCCAGCUGCCGCCUCAGAUGUACGUACCCGAGCAGGUGCUCUCUGUUCCAGAGGAGCUGGAUGCUGCCCCUACGGAUCUGUACUUGAGCACUGCUGAGCUCCAGCCCACCGAGAGCUUACCCCUGGAGUUUAGCGAUAGUCACCUGCAGACUGGGGUGGGCAGGCCUGGAUCAGAGGAAGACAGGAAGCUGGCAGAUGCUGCAGCCUCCACCCGGUCACAUGGAAGACUGGCAGCAGCCAAUGGGAAUCCAGAACCAGCCUUCAUCAGCUGAUAAGGUCUUGGAUUGGAAGUCUUGGCCACCCUGAAACGCACCUGAGCAUGAAAUACACGUGGCUGAUGGAGUGUGGUAACCCAGCGCUUCACCCUUCCACCCGAGAAUUGCGGCCAGAUCAGUGAAACCGGGGAAUGGUGAAAUGUCUGGCCAGCAGCUCACGUGACAGGUUCCAGCCUUCCUGCCAGUCCCUCCCCCUCACUCAGUUCUGGUUUCUUUUGGCGAAGCCUGCCAAACGCACAGCUGGCUAGUGAGACUGUGUCACUCCCAGUCAAGGUAGAAGAGACGUAGAAAGGGUGCGCGGCUCGUGGGACGCAUCCAUGGAGAGGGGUAAAUGAGCCAAACUGAAAGAGUUUUCCCAGGUGGGGCGGAACAUUCUCGAGUCUGCCUGUCAGGGGUGCAUGUGCAAGCCAGAGGCUUGGCUUGUUCAGACUGUAGCACCGUGUACUAAAGCAAGGUUCUCUCAUUCUGGUGUGUGACGGCUGUCAUUCCUCUGACACUGUAAGCUGAAAUUCUGCUCCUCACCCUAGCUUUAACCAAUGGAUGAGCCCGUAGGUGCUGAUCGUGUGUAAAAUAACAAUGUAUAAAUGUGCUGUACAAAGUUUGUAAUCGGAAAGGGGAAAUUUCCAUUCUCCUCCCCCGCCCCCACCCCCACCAAAAACAGACAAUAAAGACAUCAGAAGAAAAUGA